UUAUCCGCCAAAAUAAGAGCAAUUAAACAUCACCAAAGUGCAAAGAGAAGUAAAAACAUAAUGGCCAAUAAGUUCAUAGUAGUAUUCCUCUUGCGUAUCAUGGUUGCCGUGGCGAUGUACGUGCCUGCGGCUGCAGUGCUCGAUGAUGACCACUUCAAGUCUUGCUUCAAUACCUGCCACAGAGAAUCUAACUCCAUAGGCAGCGGCAAUACCUCCUGUGAGAUGAAGUGCGACUCUGAUUGUGAGUACAAGGAGGCUGCUGCUAAGCACAACAUUCACAUAAAUGCAUGAUUGGAUGGAAAAGAUGAGGAAGCGUAGAUUUCUUCAGGGAAGGAAAGACCGAAGUUGAAGCAAUAAAUUUGUGGGAACAGC